CAUCAGAGAAGCCGCAGCCCCAAGCGGACCGUUACCACCACCUUAUACGACCCGUUGCUGUCAUUCAUUGGUCGGUCCUGCCUUCUCUCUCUUAUCGCUGGGAUGCUACUGCUGUGUGUUGGCUGAUGCAGCCGCGGAAGUGACACAGAACGGCCCACAGCUCGGAGUGUACACAGGAUUCUGUCUUCUUAUUUCUAGCGUGGGCAAAAGUUUGUGGACAGUUCGUGGGUGAGAGAGAGUGUGGGAAAAACUGAUUGAUCUAGUCACCUAGAAAGUUCGUACGGACUUAAGAUUUUGCCACCUUCUCAAAGUUUGUUUCUGUUUCUGCAUGCUGCAAACCAUCAACAACAUUUCAGUGGUUUCGCUCUCACAAUAGCCGAGACCCCAACCUAACUAUACAAGGGCUGAGCCUACCCAGCACACAGAAAGGAACAUACAGAAGUUAGUGUGUUCCCCUUACACUGCUUUCCUCCCAAAUCUAGUCAAUAUUUGGAGUACCCUACGCAUUACUUAUACCUCACCCUUACGACUCCAGAGUGAUAUUUUCCGGGUUAUAACUUGUUCGGAUUUAUCAGAUCAGUUUCAAUUAGCACAACUGAGAAAAGAGUUCCUUUUAAUUUUAUUUCCCACCACCAGUGCCUUAUUGACAACUUUUACACCGUAGCAGCGAGGAGUCUAGUUCCAAGCCCUAUUUGAAACACAAACGAACUAGUUGGAAUUCCCUGCUCGUCGGACGUUAGAGUGUUGAUGACAUUGUCGAUUGGACCCUCUUAAUUUAUUCUUGGAUUGCAACGCAAACGGAGCAAUACGGCGAGAACGACCCGUGUGGCGACAAAGGCAACGACGAACUCGCCGAGGAAAGAAGGAAGGCGGUGAGCCAUGGCGGCCCUGCCCCAUAUUGUUUCCUUCUUCGUGAGCACAGCUGGUAAAAACGGGGAUGAGCUGGGCUCUGAUGAGGAACAGAUAGUGCAGCUUGUCUACCUUUUGUACGACCAGAACAAUAAUAAGGUUGUGGAUGUCCAGCAACAUUACGUGAAGCCCCAGCCCAAUGAGCUGGCGGAGACGGUGCUCACAGACGACUGUAAGGUGGAGACCGGUCUGGACGAAGAGCUGGUCAAACAGGCCCCGCCCCUUGACCUGGUUCUUGAAGAGUUUGACCGGUUCCUGAGUGCCAAGGGCGUGCACCCAGACCACGGUGGGCGGAGCUUCUGCCUUUUGACUGACGGCCAGGCCCACCUACGGCAGUGCAUCCACCAUGAGUGCUGCAAAAAGAACAUCACGGUACCCAGCUACUUCUACAAGUUUUACGACAUACGUAAGGAGUUCCGCAAGUUUUACAAGACCGAGCCCAUCUCUUGCCUCAAAGCUAUGAUUGAAUGACACAGUUUCGGUGAGCCAGAAGUCAUAAAUGAAAGGCUAGAAGGCGGUAUCUGGGGAGGAGUUGCCCUUUGCUUGAGUCCCCAAGGUCGGAGAAAUGGUGAGGCUUUGAUCCGCUUUGAGUCGGAAGAGCACAGAGAUCUUGCCCUGAAGAGACACAAACACCACAUCGGUCAGCGAUACAUCGAAGUCUACAAAGCCACUGGCAAAGACUUCAUCAAUGUCGCAGGAGGAAACAACUCCGAGGCUCAGGCAUUCCUUUCGCGGGGUGGGCAGACGAUAAUUCGCAUGCGGGGCCUGCCAUUCACUUCCACUACACAGCAAGUGCUUGAAUUUUUUACCCGAGACCCCAACUCGUCCCAAGUUCUAGAUGGGGAGGAUGGAAUAUUGUUUGUCCAUUACCCUGAUGGGCGAAGUACAGGUGAUGCCUUCGUGCUGUUCGCUACAGAGGAAGAGGCUGCGAAAGCUCUGAAGAAACACAGAGAAAUGAUGGGAUCGAGAUACAUUGAGCUCUUCAAGAGUACAACUGCUGAGGUGCAACAGGUGCUGAAUAGAAGUAUGGAUCCCCGCAAUCCUGAGCAGCCAGACGGUCAGUUAACCCCACUGAUUGCCCAGCUACCGGCCGGUGUUCCCAUCAUUCCUCAGUCACUCAUCACCAGCGGAACGCGUCGCGACUGCAUUCGUCUGCGAAACCUUCCCAGUGCUGCUCAAGUCACAGACAUUUUAACUUUUCUCGGUGAAUUUUCACAGUUCAUCAUUUACCAAGGCGUCCACAUGGUCUACACCGCCACGGGUGAGGCCUCUGGUGAAGCCUUCAUACAACUUGACUCGGAGGAAGCAGCAACUCUGACAGCAUUCAACCGACACCGACGCCCGAUGACGUUCGCCAACAAGAAGAGAAUCAUUGAUGUGAUCCAGUGUAGCGGCGACGAUAUGAGCUACGUUCUGACCAAUGGCGUGCCACCAAUGUCUAUUCCAGUGCCACCUGCAGCUCUUCCAGCCCCAGCCAUCCCACCAGCCUCGCCCCUCACUAUUCAAAGACCAAUUCUUUCACCUGUCACUCCCCAAACUAUCAUGACAUCGACAUCUCUGACCACCAAUGGAGCUUUCCAAUACGCCCCGCUGACUCAGCCAAUGCCAGCCGCGUUCCCCCCAACAGUCACGCCUAUCCCUCAGAGGCCGACCUACUACCCACCCAUCCUCUACUGGUAGGACCUGAGACUAUCAGCAUCCAAACGAAUUUGGAAGGAAAACCUAAUGGAGAUGCUCUCAUAUCUUUUACCUCAAGACUAGAGGCAGAGCGUGCUAUUGUUGAAAAGAACAGACGACAUCUGGGGAACAGAUUCAUAGAGCUGUUCAUGGCAUGAGACGAUUCGUAAACAUCUGAAGGCCUGUUUGAUUUUUUGUUGUGGCCUGAUAUUGAAUUUGUGUGGGAAAUCGCCUAUUCUUUAUUGUACAUAAUAUACCCACAUUC